AUGGCUCUGCUGAAGGUUCUGCUGCUGCUGGGGCUGGGUGUUUCAGUGAACUCAGAUGUUUCUCUGCAGAAGAGAAUCAUUGGAGGUCAAAACUGUGAUGACGGCGAGCGUCUUUAUCAUGUUCGGGUGGAGAGCGGCAAUGGUACUCAUAUGAGUCGCUGUGUAGGAUCUCUGAUCCACCCUCAGUGGAUCCUGACUGCAGCUCGCUGCUGGCAGUUUGGGUCAGGAUGGACUAUCGUAGCAGUGUUAAAAGUUCAUCCACGGACUGCUACUCAGCAGAGACAGAUGAUCCGACAAGCUCCUGUGAUUUAUGCUCACGAUGGUCGGCACCAUGACCUCAUGUUGCUGAAGCUUGAGACAGCAGUAAGAGAUAUCCCAUUUGCUCGGAUACCAGACUGCAACAAUCGUCUUAAAAAAGGCUAUGUUGUUCAGCUGGCAGGAGAGGGCGCAACGACAACCGGCCCCAACAAUGAGCAAUUGCCCCCCAAUGCUCCUAUUCCAGCACAUCUUCAGUGUGUCGACAUGAAAGUUAGUCAGGUUUCCAGAUCGUUGCAGACACAUGGGCAUAAAUUUCUUGCUUCCGCACCGAGCAAGGAUGUAUGCUAUGGCGACGUUGGUGGAGCAGCGAUGUACAACGGCAUGAUUUAUGGUGUGAUUUCCUUUGGAGGAACAGAUGCUUGUCAGAGACCAACUGCAAUCUUGGAUGUGUGUGAAUAUCUGUGGUGGAUAAAACAUACAACUGGGCUUAAAUAAAACAUGAACUAUCAUGAAAUAAAAUUCUCAUCAAAUUCCUCUCACAAAUUUUAUAAUUGUAUGUUCAUCAG